GUAACAGGAAGCCGGAAGUGUCUAUGUAAUGGUGGCUUGUCGCUGAACGUUUGCUUUAUUUUACAUUUUAGUGUGGUUGAUAAUUAUUACUUUUUGUCACUGCAAUGGGUCUCUUCGGAAAGACGCAGGAGAAACCACCUAAAGACUUAGUCAAUGAGUGGUCACUGAGAAUCAGGAAAGAGAUGCGAGUCAUUGACAGACAAAUUCGAGACAUCCAGAGGGAGGAGGAGAAGGUGAAACGCUCCAUUAAAGAUGCUGCCAAGAAGGGUCAGAGGGAUGUGUGUGUGGUCCUGGCCAAGGAAAUGAUCCAGUCAAAGAGGGCUGUAGGGAAGCUUUAUGCCUCCAAAGCCCAGAUGAACUCUGUGCUGCUGAGCAUGAAAAACCAGCUGUCUGUCCUGCGGGUUGCGGGAUCCUUGCAGAAGAGCACAGAAGUCAUGAAGGCCAUGCAGAGUCUGGUGAAAAUCCCUGAGAUCCAGGCAACCAUGAGGGAGCUGUCAAAGGAAAUGAUGAAGGCUGGCAUCAUCGAGGAGAUGCUGGAGGACACUCUGGAAGGCAUGGAAGAUGAAGAGGAGAUGGAGGAGGCUGCUGAGGCAGAGGUGGACAGGAUUCUCUUUGACAUUACAGCAGGUGCCCUUGGAAAGGCCCCCAGCAAAGUGAACGACCCCCUGCCUCAGGCGGAACCAGCCGCGGCCAAGGCAGCCUCAGAGGACGAGGCAGAAGAAGACCUCGAGGAAAUGCAGUCAAGGCUGGAAGCCCUGCGUAGCUAGAGGGGGAGUUACCAAACUGUUCGUGUACCGGAACCUUCCAGCUCCGAGUUCACACAGCCACUUCCUGUCAUCAGUAUGUUUGUGCCCUUUUCCACUCUGGACAGCAAAGCCGUUAACUGUGGAAAGCAGGACCGCUGCGUCGGCUGUUUUCCCUGGCAGUGAUGUAGGUGAUCAGUCCUUGGUACCGUGGUACUCUGUCUAUACCUUGUUUAUUUCCCAUGGGAUCCCUUCUAAAAUCAGCUG